AUGCCACCGAAAGCAAGCGGAAAAGCUGUGAAGAAAGCUGGUAAAGCUCAGAAGAAUAUUAGCAAGUCUGAUAAGAAAAAGAAGCGGAGGAGGAAGGAGAGCUAUGCCAUCUACAUCUACAAAGUGUUGAAGCAAGUCCAUCCUGAUACUGGUAUUUCCAGUAAAGCCAUGAGCAUCAUGAACAGUUUUGUAAAUGAUGUUUUUGAGCGUAUUGCUGCCGAAGCAUCGCGCUUGGCGCACUACAACAAGAGAUCCACCAUCACAUCACGGGAAAUUCAAACCGCUGUCAGGCUUUUAUUGCCUGGUGAAUUGGCUAAGCACGCUGUUUCUGAGGGUACUAAAGCUGUCACCAAAUACACCAGCUCGAAGAAGUAUUGCAAGCCAUUUUUCUAAUUGUUUUCCGCGGUGUUUUGCAGUUAUUGGACUUGCGCAGUUUAUGCCUGAGGAGCAUUCAAUGUGGCGAUCAAUGA